CACGCGGCUCAUCUGAUGACAUUCGCUUAUAUAGCAUAUAGUAGAGAUAAUUUUAGAAUAUGGUUGAAAUGUUCGCAACUUGAGUGGUUGAUUAAACUGGAAGCAGAUACUUUAUUGAUGUCAAAUAAUAAGAAACCUCAAUGA